AUGGGAAUCGUGAAGAUGAAGAGUAUAGCUCGCAGUGUCAUGUGGUGGCCCGGCAUCGACGCGGACAUCGAGCGCACGUGCAGGGAGUGCGGCGCAUGCGCGGCGGAGGCGGCGGCGCCCGCGCGCGCGUCGCCGCAGCCCUGGCCCUACGUGACGGAGCCGUGGUCGCGACUACAUGUCGAUUUUCUGGGGCCAUUUCAUGGCAAAACUUUUUUUGUCCUCAUCGACUCGACAAGUAAGUGGCUCGAAGUAUUUUUGAUGCCUCGCACGACAGCCUCCGCAGUCAUUAAGGUUUUAAGAGAAACCUUUGCUAGAUUUGGAUUACCUAAGGAAGUGGUGUCGGAUAAUGGGCCGCCAUUCUCGAGUAAAGAAUACGUUGAUUUCAUGAAUACCAAUGGUAUAAAAUUAACGUAUUCCCCUAUUUAUCACCCAUCUUCAAAUGGAGCCGCUGAGGGUGCUGUAAAGCUGUGCAAGCGAGUCCUGAAGAAGGCUAUGCGUGAGCGAAUGGAUAUAGAUAUGGCACUACAGGCAUACUUAAUGGCUUAUAGGAACGUGGAACAUGCUACCACUGGGGUGUCUCCGGCCGUACUUUUGCAACGACGAACAUUACGGUCAAGGUUAGACUUGUUAAGAGGAGAACGUCAAGUAGAAAAUAGAGUACAACAGGCACAGCGUAAGCAAAUCGAAUAUUCAGGCGGCACGGAUAGAAGGUUUCAGGUAGGCGAGCCAGUGUUGGCUCGAGAUUAUACAGGGGGGAAGAAAUGGAUGCCAGGUAGGAUAGAAGGAACGAUAGGUUCGCGCGCGUAUGUUAUUGGUCAGGAGCACGGUCCACCUAUUAAAAGGCAUGUCGAUCAACUUAAACGUAAUUGGUCUGCUUUGUGGCCUACACGAGAUGCUGCCCCGGAAGAACUGGUUGCGAGUGACGGCAGUAACGCAAACCCAGCCCCUGAGCCAUCUGGUCCAGCGAGUGCCACACAGGAGAUGCCCCCGCUGAGCACUCAAGGUUCACAGAUCAGCCGGGCCCCCACCGCUCCACCGUUGGCCCCCUCACUACCGAUUCUAAGACCCAGGGAUAAACUUCGCCCAGUACAAAGAUACGGGUUUGAAAUAGACUAG